CGCCUCGGCAUCCAGAUGCUGCUGGAGGCCGCCGAGUUCCUAGAGCGGCGGGAGCGAGGUACCCCAACACACACCCCCUCCCCUCCCCGCGCUGCCCCCGGUGCCCCCGGGCCGGGCCCCGCGCUGACCCGCGGCCGCCGUUGUGUCUCCGCAGAGGCCGAGCACGGUUACGCCUCGCUGCGGCCCGGCGGCAAGGACGGGGAGGCCUCGCGGCGCCGCGCCAAGGCCCGCAGGAGCAGCAGCGGCGGCAGGUCGACACACAAUGAGAUGGAAAAGAAUAGGCGUGCCCAGCUCCGGCUGUGCCUGGAGAGGCUCAAGGGGCUGGUGCCCCUGGGGGCGGCGGCCGGGCGGCACACGACCCUCAGCCUCCUCACCAGGGCCAGGCUCCACAUCCAGAAGCUGGAGGACCUGGAGCGCCGAGCCCUGCACCAGAUCGAGCAGCUGCAGCGGGAGCAGCGGCACCUCCAGCGGCAGCUGGAAAAGCUGGGAAUGGAGCGGGUCAGGAUAGACAGCAUCGGCUCCAGCCUGUCCUCCGAGCGCUCCGACUCGGACCGAGGUGAGACCCCGCUCCGGGGGACGGCCGGCGGGAGGUCCGGCCCUGCUGGGACUCCAACCGUUCCCAUUCCUCCGGCAGAAGAGAUGGAUGUGGAUGUGGAGAGCACGGACGACCUCCCGGCCGACCUGGACUGGAGCAGCAGCAGCCCCAGCGACUCGGACGAGCGCGGGAGCCUCCAGAGCCUGGGCAGCGACGAGGGGUAUUCCAGCUCCGGCGGGACCAGGGCGAAGCCGGCGAGCGGCCGGAAGCUUCCCCUCGGGAUGUAGGAAGCGCUUCCCGCGGCCGU